AGCACAAUUGUUUCUCAUCUCUAUUUCUCGUCAACUUCAGGUCGCGCUGUGUGGAUAUCUUGAAUUCUGUGAUUAAAAACUUGUUAAUAAGCGCUUAAAAUGGAGAUGUCAUUGAAUCCCGUGCGUGUGCUCAAGAAUGAGGCGCAAGAGGAGAAAGCCGAAAUGGCGCGUCUGUCAUCGUUUAUUGGUGCCAUUGCCAUCGGUGAUUUGGUCAAGAGUACUCUGGGACCCAAAGGUAUGGACAAAAUUCUGGUUUCCACCGGUCGCAAUGCUGGCCAGGUAGAGGUAACCAAUGAUGGUGCCACCAUAUUACGUGCCGUUGGCGUUGACAAUCCCGCUGCCAAAAUUCUUGUCGAUAUGUCUCGCGUACAAGACGAAGAAGUUGGCGAUGGAACCACAUCUGUCACUGUGCUGGCCUCCGAGCUACUGCGCGAAGCCGAAAAGCUGGUCGAACAGAAGCUACAUCCACAGAUUAUUGUGUCCGGUUGGCGCAUGGCCGCACAAGUGGCACUCGAAGCAUUGACAGCCGCCGCCCAAGACAAUUCAGCCAAUAAUGAGAAAUUCCGUGCUGAUUUAAUGAACAUUGCACGCACCACCUUAUCAUCGAAAAUCUUGCAUCAGCAUAAGGAUUUCUUCGCCAAUCUGGCUGUGGAUGCGGUGCUCCGUUUGAAAGGCUCCGGUGAGCUUAAGUCUAUACAGAUUAUCAAGAAGUCCGGUGGCACUCUAGAAGAUUCCUUCCUCGACGAUGGCUUUUUGCUGGACAAGAAGCCUGGCGUGCAUCAGCCACAGCGCAUUGAAAAUGCAAAGAUUCUUAUUGCCAACACACCCAUGGACACAGACAAAAUCAAGGUGUUCGGCAGCAGCAUUAAGGUAGACUCGUUGUCUAAGAUUGCUGAUCUGGAAAUGGCAGAAAAGGAAAAGAUGAAGGAGAAAGUGGACAAGAUAUUGAGUCACAAAUGCAAUGUCUUUAUCAACCGUCAACUAAUCUACAACUAUCCGGAGCAACUGUUCGCCGAUGCUCGUGUUAUGGCUAUUGAGCAUGCCGACUUUGAUGGCAUUGAGCGUUUGGCUUACUGCACUGGCGGCGAAAUUGUUUCUACCUUUGAGAAUCCCUCUAUGGUAAAGCUUGGCGAAUGUAAGGUCAUCGAGCAAGUGAUGAUCGGUGAGGACAUACUGCUGCGCUUUAGCGGCGUCAAACUGGGCGAAGCCUGCUCCAUUGUGAUUCGUGGUGCCACACAACAGAUUCUGGAUGAGGCUGACCGUUCGCUGCAUGAUGCGCUCUGUGUGCUCGCUGCCACAGUCAAGGAGUCACGUAUCGUUUAUGGCGGAGGCUGCUCCGAGGCACUCAUGGCCACAGCUGUGCUCAAGAAGGCAGCCGAAACUGCCGGCAAGGAAGCAAUUGCCAUUGAAGCCUUUGCACGCGCUUUGCUGUCACUGCCCACAGCUAUUGCUGAUAAUGCUGGAUACGAUUCAGCUCAACUGAUCUCCGAGCUGCGCGCUGGUCAUGCCCAGGGCAAGCAUCAGUUGGGUCUGGACAUGGACCAAGGCAAGGUGGCCGAUGUGCGUGAAUUGGGCAUUACAGAGUCCUUUGCUGUCAAGCGUCAGGUGCUUAUGUCUGCCGCCGAAGCUGCCGAGAUGAUUCUACGCGUGGACAAUAUCAUUAAAUGUGCGCCGCGUCGUCGUGUUCCCGACAGGGGCUAUUGCUAAGCAUUUGAUACAUUAUUUUCUUGAUGUAAUCAUUUCUCUUUUUUUUUUUAUUAAGUAUUCUUGUGUAGGGUUUAGAAACCUAAGCACUUACAACUCUCGUUUAACAGCUGCUUAUUUUAUGUUUCUGUUUAAAACUAAUAAUAACACACACACAUACACAUUUGUAUAAGCACUUUCAUAUUUUAAAAAUUAUUUGUGAAAAUUUAUUACUCGGCUUUUUGUUAAACAAAAUAUUACACAGCAGAGAGAGCGAUAGCAAAGGCAAACAUUUCAAAAAAUGUCUAAAAAUCCUUAAACACACAUACUACACCCAAACUCAUACACACACGAGCCACUUGUAAAUGAAUACAAAUUUUGUAAACAUUUUAUGUACACAAAAUAAAAUAAAACAAUCAAUUUGCAAGUAAAAAA